AUAACAGAUUAUUUUAGUUGGUGGUGGAAAAGGGAUCAAUGUCAAAAUAUUAGAUAGUACAGAAUGGUAUGACCCAAAAAUCAACCAAUGGCAGACUGGACCAAAAAUGAUUGCACCACGUUACGCCGGUGGUCUAGCUGUAGUAAAUGAUAAUUUUGUGUUAUGUUUGGGUGGUAGAAAUUCCGAAUCAACUUUACAAUCAGUUGAUGGGAUAGAUUUAUAUUCAGAUUCACCUCAUUGGAGACCAACCUAUGACAUGUUAAUUAAACGAUGGGCGUUUGCAGUUGGCGUGAUAAAUAAUUAUAUUUAUGUUGUUGGCGGUCAUGAUGGAAAUAGUUUUUUAAACAGUGCAGAAGUUUUUAACUGCAGAACUCGAGAAUGGCAUACAAUAUCUAAUAUGUCUACUAAACGAGCUGGUCAUGGGCUUGGAGUACUGAAUAAUCUUUUAUAUGCGGUAGGAGGUAAUGAUUCAGAGCAAAGAUUAAGCUCCGUCGAAUGUUAUCAUCCCAGUCUAAAUAAAUGGACACCAAUUGCAGACAUGUGUGUACGCCGCAGUGCAGUGGGUGUUGGAGUUUUAGAUGAUGUACUGUAUGCUGUAGGUGGUUGGGAUGAACAUCGGGUUUGGAGUAGUGUUGAAGCAUACAGUCCAAGUACAGGAGUUUGGUCUACAAUUCCGGACAUGCAUUUGAGUCGACGUGGUGCUGGUGUAGCUGUAUUAGAUGGAUUAUUGUAUGUCAUUGGUGGUCAAGGAGGAGCUUCCACUUUAGAUUCUGUAGAAUCUUACAACCCUAAAACUAAUAAAUGGACCAUGAUCACAGCUACAAUGAAUGUUGCUAGGUCAUUUGCAGGAGCUGUAGCCAUUGAUGUUCCACGAUAUUUUAAAACUUGUUAGCAUUCAUAUUUUUUUUGAUUCAAUAUAUUACUUCUAUCCCAUAU